GUUGGAGGUCCUUUCACUCUCUUAGUCCCCCCUCUCUCUUGCUCUUCCUCUCGAAACUGUAGGAAACGAAAAUAACAGGAGCUAGAGAAAAGAUAAAGACAUAAGCCAAGGCAAAAGCAGAGAUAGAGAGAGAGAGAGAGGUGUUGUGGUGGUGGGGGAGAGUACUUGCUUAGCAUGUCCCCCCCACCCAACUCCUCCUCCUCUCUAAUUAACACAAUACCAUGUUCAAAAAUACCCACUUGCCUUCACAUUUGCACCUUUCUUUUUCCUUUUGCUUCCUGUUCUUUCUAUGCAAUUGUCUAUUUUUCUGCUGCUACUGUCACUGUUCUUGCUGCUUCCCUCUUCCCAGUCCUGCAGAAAAUGGGGUUGAAGGAAUCAUACUUUGAAGUUCUGGGUACAAUUUGAUUCCCACCUUUUUUUGUUGUUGUUAAAUUCCCACUAAUUUUCUCCCCUUUUUACAUUCUGGGUACCCCUCAAAAUGAAGUUUUGUAGCUAUGAUUUGACUACUUUGGCACCAAUUUUACAGUGUUUUCAGCCAUUCACUUUCUGGGUAUCCCAUAAAAGUUAGAAAAAUCUAAUUGAUUGCUUGUUCUGGUAAUUUCUUUAUUAUCUGGUGGGGGGUUUUAAUGUUCUUGUGUAGUUUCUACUUUCUAAUGCUGUAUUAAGUAAGGUAUUUGGGCUUGAUUUAGUUUGAGUUAGGGAAGAACUAUUAUCGAGGGUUUUGGUUCAUGGAAAUUGAUUUGAAUCAUGAAGUUAUGAGUGAGGUGGAGAAGAUUGCAUACGGCAAUGGUCAUUACGAAGGUGGAACUUAUGGUUGUUCAUAUUCUUCUUCUUCUUCAUGCUCCUCGAAUACUUCUCCAUCUGCUGGCACUUCUUACAUGGAGCUUUGGCAUGCUUGUGCUGGUCCGCUCAUUUUUUUACCCAGAAAAGGGAAUGUGGUUGUGUAUUUCCCUCAGGGCCAUUUGGAACAAGCUGUUGCGUUGUCUCUGUUCCCGCCUUACCCUCCAAUGGAACUUCCUACUUAUCAUCUCCGUCCCCAAAUCUUCUGCAGGGUUGCAAAUAUUCAACAUCUUGCUAAUAAGGAAAAUGAUGAGGUAUACAUACAACUGACCCUAUUCCCUUUGCCGGAGUUGGGUAGGACUUAUUUGGGAAGCAAAGCAGAGGGGCUAGGAGAUGAAGAAGAUGCGACGAAAUUGCUUCCAAAGUCAACACCUCACAUGUUCUGUAAGACGCUUACAGCUUCUGAUACUAGUACUCAUGGUGGAUUUUCUGUGCCUCGUCGUGCUGCAGAAGACUGCUUUCCACCUUUGGACUAUAAACUGCAGCGCCCCUCUCAAGAAUUGGUUGCUAAGGACUUGCAUGGUGUGGAGUGGAGGUUUCGACAUAUUUACCGCGGUCAGCCUAGACGGCAUCUGUUGACAACAGGAUGGAGCAUCUUUGUCAGCCAGAAGAAUCUUGUUGCAGGCGAUGCCGUACUUUUCUUGAGGGGUGAAGAUGGAGAGUUGAGAUUGGGCUUAAGAAGAACUCUUCGGCCUAAAAGUGGUCUUCCUGAUUCUGUAAUAGGCAAACAUAGCAUGUACCCGAAUGUUCUUUCUGCAGUGGUUAAUGCUGUAUCUUCUAAGACCAUGUUUCAUGUCUACUAUUGCCCCAGGGCAAGCCAUCCUGCGUUUAUUGUACCGUACCAUAGAUAUGUUAAAAGCAUUUCCGAUCCAAUAUCUACUGGAACGAGAUUUAAGAUGAGAUUUGAAGUAGAUGACUCUCCAGAUAGAAGGUGCAGCGGUGUCAUUAUAGGUGUUAAUGACAUUAAUCCCUAUAAAUGGCCUAAUUCAAAAUGGAGAUGUUUGAUGGUCAGGUGGGAUGAAGAUAUUGUCAGUGAUGGACAAGAACGGGUUUCUCCCUGGGAGAUUGAUCCUUCGGUGUCUCUCCCUCCACUGAGCAUCCAGUCUUCUCCAAGGAUAAAAAAACUUAGACUUGGUUUGCCAGCCAGUCUGUCCAGCCCUGUCGACUGUGGAGGGCUUGGAAUUUUGGACUUUGAGGAGUCAGUCAGAUCCUCCAAGGUCUUGCAAGGUCAAGAAAAUGUUACUUAUAUUUCACCUCCAUAUGGAUGUGAUAAGGUGAACAGCAUGCUGGAUAAUGUACCAGGAGCCUCUGGCCAGCAGAGUCUUUCAUCUUCUAGGAUACCAAGAAUUAAUAUGAGUGAAUUUAGAUCACUGGCUCAACCGGUGAAUUACACAGGCUUUUUGGAAUCAAACAGAUUUCCAAAGGUCUUGCAAGGUCAAGAAAUUUGCCCGUUGAGAUCCUUCACAGGAAAAAUGAACUUCAAUCCUGGUGCUUGGCUCAACCCCACUUUAGCUUCAACUUAUUUCAACGGACCCAAACCCAGUUUCUAUCCUCUAGCUUCAGAAGGCACCAGAAACAUGUAUUUUCCUUUUGACGUUUACAAAUCUGAUCUAGAUUCUGUGACGAUUCCUUGUGAAAAUACAAUGGAAAAAGAGAACUCGGCAUUUGGUUCGUCUUCUUUCCGUACUAAUGUCCUCAGCCAAAAGUUUAUGACGCCAAAUGUUGACAAUGAGCAUACUUCAGCAAAGAACCUGUCUUUGCUUAACUCGUUAAAUGCAAGUGACAAAGAUCAGAAAGAUGGUCUUGACGAUGGGCCUAGACCAAAUUGUAAGUUAUUUGGGUUCUCAUUGGAACAGGAAACUUCAGGCACAAACUCUGAAAUUCGCAGUAGAAGGAGUUGCACAAAGGUUCACAAGCAAGGUAGCUCAGUUGGAAGAGCCAUUGAUCUGUCCAAGUUAAAGAGUUAUGCAGAUCUAAUAAUUGAAUUGGAGCGUCUGUUCAGUAUGGAAGAAGUUCUACAAGAUCCUGCAAAGGGAUGGAGGAUACUUUACACAGACAAGGAAAAUGAUGUGAUGGUGGUGGGUGAUGAUCCAUGGAAUGAGUUCUGUGAUGUUGUGUCAAAGAUCCACAUACACACCCGUGAAGAAGUAGAGAAGAUGACGGUUGGUAUGAUGACUGAUGAUAACCAAAGCUGUCUUGAGGAAGCACCAGCUACGCUUGAUGCGUGCAAGUCGUCCUCUGUGGGUCAGCCUGAUAGUUCUCCUAGCGCUACGUGACUGGGUGACUAAGAGGAUUUAAGCUGCAUAUCCCUUGAAAUGGUUUAUAAUUUAUACAAGUAUUUCUGAAUAAUAUGGGAGUAGUUAUGUUCUAUUUUGCAAUCAAACAUGGUUUAUAUGUAAUGUACCUGUGUCAUCUCGGGCUCUGUUGGUUACAUUCUGGUGUAUUCUUGCAUUAUUAGAUGUAUGUUGGAUUUACAACUAAGGCUAUGUUGUGAGUUGUGACUAGUUAAUAUGGUGUUUGGUACAAAUAUUGGUGCCUUUUGUUUCAAGGAUAUGAGCAUGCUAUGGUAAUAAACUAAUAAUUAAUAACGGGGAAGUUAUUAUUGAUUUAUGCA